AUGUAUGGAACGUCCUCGCCCGGGAAUCGCCAGCCGUGGCACUCGGUAGUGCCUUCCGGAGUACAUGCUUGGCGAGCCCAAGCGACAUGCCGGUGGGGCGACUGUGAGGUAGCUCGGCGUCGAAGGGCUCCGAGCUUGUCGAGGAACUCGGACGGGCCACGCCAUAGUCUUUCUGCUUUGAGCACUCUCGGGGCGCUGAGCCUGGGCCUGUGUGUCAAGGCUUCGGGGCAACGAGGACGGCUCGCCCGCCGCCGCGCCGCCGCAAACGCGGAUGUGCCACAGUGGACUUUCGAGGGGCGAGUCUGGUUUCGCCCGGCGAUUGUCCAAUGCCCGCCAGCACCACCAGCUGCUCAGGUGAGCUUCUUGUCGCUCUUCGGCUGGACUUUGGGAGGAACUGUUUGCCUCGAGUAUGAUGUCUCGCCCUGUGGUGCCUACCGCGAGGUGGUGGAUAUGGGUUCCCUAGUGCUGGGACGUGGCGGCGCCCUUGGCCAGUGGGGCUCCAGGCUCUGCGUCUCCUCCAAAGAGGCUGAGGUGCUGUGCCAGCAGGUCUGGCAAGUCCCAGCAGAGGAGCGGACAAUCUACUUUGAGGAUUUUGAAGGUGGGGAAGCUCUGCGCUGCAGCGUCUCAGACGGCGACGUGGUGCGCGUGCUCGGUUGGGAGGCUCUCCGUCUGUGCGAUGGUGCCGAAGGGCCCGGGGUCACCCUGAGCCUGGAGGGGCGGCUGCCCCUCUGGUGGACGCCAGCCAUCAAGGCCCUCUGGCUUCCGCUUCGUGUGGGCGACGGUCCCAGUCCCGAGGAGCCGGACGAGGGAGCUUUGAAUCUUCAUCGCCUCUUCCUUUCAGCCAGCCGUGUUGCCUUGCAGUGGCGCUGGCCAGGAGAUGACAAGGCCACCACGGGACCCGCAGAUGGCUGGCCACUACCUUUGUCGAUCUUAGCCGACGGCCGCUUGGACUUGGACAUGGUGGGAAGGGGCGGUCUGAGAGCCCA